UUUCUUUCCCUUGUCUUUCUUUCUUUGUCUUUGAAGUAGCCGAACGAGCCUUGUUCUCCCUCCCUUCUUGCCCACCUUCUUCCAAAGCAGAUUGGAAAUAUAAAAGCAUCUUAGUCACCGGCCUUCUUUCUCCCUAACUACUUCAAAGCAGAAAAGCCCAUUUCCCUUCAUCAGAAAAUCCCCAUCGAAAAAUCCCCACCAAAAUCCCAUUUUUCCUCCUUUUGUGAGUCUCCUUCCUUUUCUCUGAUUUUUUUUCCUUUUUUGGUGUUUCUGCUACCAAUUUGGUGGUGAUGAAUGAUGAUUGUUGCUUGGUAGUGUGAGUUGGUGAAAGUUUUAAUUUUUAAUCCCUUGUUGUUCCUUCUCUUCUUGCAAAUCUGGGCGACGCGACGAAGCAGCAUAGGUCGGUGAAGCCAAAUGAAGCGGCAAUAUAAGAGGGGAGUGAAGCGGCAAUAUAAGAGGGGAGUGAAGCGGAGGGUGUUCCAGCCAUGGGACUUUGGAUUCUUGAAGCAUUUUGGGAGCAAGUACGAGCUCGGAGAAGAGGUUGGGAGAGCCCAUUUUGGUUAUACCUGCUUAGCCAAGUUCAAGAAAGGGGAACUCAAGGGACAACAAGUUGCUGUUAAGGUUAUACCCAAAGUGAAGGUAGGUUUAUAGUUCAUUAUUUUGGGUGCUUACUGCUUAGUAUAUGCUUAUUUCUUGGUUCGACUAUAUGUUUCUGAUAGUAUAGAGAUGAGAUCUACUAGUAAACCUUUGCUUUUAUCAGUCUUGUACCAUGAUCAGUUUGCUUGAUUGCAUUUAUUAAUAUGCAAGAAUGGAUUGUGUAUUGAAUUAUUGGUGGCGAAAUUUUUUGAAUUGGGGGCCUUGGAUUGGAGAUGUAGUUGUAGUAUGUGUUGAUUUGCCUUUUUUUUCUCAAGAUAAAAGUUGAUCUUUCUU